ACGAUAAGCCAACUUGCUGAUGAACAGCAAUAAAUUAAAAGGAAAUAACAUGAAAUAUGAAAGGGAUGUGUAAACGUUGACCCACAAAACUACGAUGAAGCCUACCUCAUAAACUUUUGUUAAACCUCGUCAAUCACCAAAUAAAGGAGCAUAACAAGCAAUUCCAUCAUACAAAUCCGAUUCCUAUUUUCAGUUGAAGAUGAACAACGGCACAACCACCAAGGGCUAUGGUUUUAACUCAGAUGGGUUCAGAUAUGGAGUAGCUUUUGUAAUUGGGUCGCUGGUAUUACUUCUCACGGUGGCUUUUGCAUGUGUGCGCCUUCGCAUGGCUCGAGGUCCCAACAUGCUCAAUAUUUUGGCUGGAAUUCCACCAUCUCAUCCCACAAGAGAUGCAGACUCAGCUGAACAAGGCCUUGGCCUUAGACUUGAUCACAUUGACACAAGCUUUGAAAGCUAUCCGAAACUUGUAUACUCCCAAGCAGAGAAGGGUUCAACUUCAACCAACAUCCCUUCUUCUAGCUGUUCCAUCUGCUUAGGUGACUACAAAGAGGGUGACAUGUUGAGGUUACUUCCUCACUGUCACCAUAUUUUCCACCUUGCUUGCGUUGAUCCAUGGCUUAGGUUCCAUUCAACUUGUCCCAUUUGUAGAAAAUCAUCUCUUCAACCUUCACAUAAUCCUCCCUCCAUUUGAUAUUCCACUCUUGUAUUCUAUUCAUCAUCAACUUUCCAAUAUAUACACUCUCAUCCACUUCUUCUCAAUUCCUCAUACCAUAACACAAUCCACCACUGCUC